AUGCAGACUUUUCUGAAUUUCGUCUUCACAGAGUACAAGGGAGCUACUUUUGUUUCAAAAGGCAUCCGUGACCUGGCGGCUCAUCUUACUCAAGGCUGCCAGACGCCCGUCGAGAAAGCGGUCCGGAUCCAUGACUACGUCCGGGAGAUUCCUUUUGGUUUCACAGCCUGGUUCGAUGCCGCAUCCCCAACCCAGACAGUUAAGGUUAACCGGGGGCACUGUAACCCCAAAGGCGCGUUGUUUGUGGAGUUGCUGAGGGAGACCGGGUUAGAGGCCCGGCAGCACGUGGUCAACAUUGAUAACCGGAUACUGAGGGGCUGUUUCUCGGUCCCGCCGCCGAGCCCCAUAACGCACUCCUAUGCGGAGGUCAGGCUCAACGACCGGUGGGUUAAGACGGACAGUUACAUUGUGGAUACACAGCACUUCCGGGCCGCGAAAGCCCGAUUGGAAAAAGAAGGGGAGAAGUUGGGUUAUGGGGUGCACGCAAAGGGGACCAACGAGUGGGAUGGUAACACGGACGCUUUCAGCCAGUUCGCCGACCCUGGGGGAAUGCUCAUCGAAGACAUGGGCGUUGUGGGCGACUGGCAGGGUGUAGUAAAGAAGGAGGGUUACGCAAACAAAGCGGGUGGGCUCGGGGUUUCAACGUGGCUGCUGCCAGCGACGCUUGUGCCGUAUGGCGCCUUUCAGAGGUGGAUCAAUAAGGAGAUAGAUGAGGUGACUAGGGAGGUGGGUCAGUCGAUUCCGCAGCGGUCUGGCCAGCUCUAGGCGACCGCGUGUGACAGGCCGUUGAUAUACGGACUCACAGCCCGACUCACAUGUCAGUGCACGGCUUACCACUCCUGGAGAUUCACAGAAGCACGCAAAGUAAGAGUAAGUGUGGUUAGUUCGAUCAUGAAUCGCUCAACAAUCAAGCAGACGCAAAAACCGAGUCGUGUACGUCCCAGUAAUCCGGGCAGCCGCCAGCGCAAAUACAUGCGGCCUACAUGCAGUGUGGACUGUAGCUAUAAAACCAGAUUGAUAUACCUGGCGGACAUUCGUCACGUCCCGUCUGCGAUUUACCGUUAAGAUGCAUCAUUGCGACCAUGGAUUGCAUGUUGAACUGCACCCGAG